CUCGUUUUCCUCUCAAAAACCUAUCUCUGCCGUUCGUCUUUUCUCUCAAAGAUCCAGCCCUUGCUCCUUGCCUCUUCCGAUUUGUCAAUUUUUCACUCAAAAAACCCAUUAGUAAUGUCGCCCCCUUUGCAAUCAUCUCCAUCUCUCCCUUUCCCCCUUUUCCCUCAUGUGUGGUUGAGGCAAUUAGAAGCCAAGAGACAUAAGCACACCUCCUAACGAGCUCGAAGUGCCAUAGAACAAAAGAAAUCAAGAUUUGUGUUCCUUUGUCACACGAGCUUGAGGGAGUUGCAAACCAAUUUAUUUGGGUUUUGCAAGUUUGGUUGCUAUGAUUUUGGUUAUAAUAAUGUUGAAAUUGAAUGAUGAGAAUUGAAAUUGCAAUUUUAGUUAUAAUAGAAGAAACCCAGACUUGGGUUUGUUGUCUUCAAAGAUGUUGCAGCAUUUAUUUUCUUUCAUAGGGGUGGAGUCGAGGAGGUGAGGAGACGAUGGAGAUGAUUGCAGAAGGAGCAAAGAAGGAGAUGAAGAUGAUUGUCGAAGGAGGCGAGGAGCAAAUGCCAGAUUUUUGAGAGAAAAGACGAACGUUAAGAUUGAGUUUUUGAAAGGAAAAUGACGCCCUUUGGUUAGGAUUUUUUUUUUUUUUUUCUGGAGCCGGCCCAUUUGACUCUUCCAACAAUUAUGAGAAAGCAAUGGGGAGUUGUAGUAGCAAGGCUGAAGAAUCCACAAUGAGCCUGCAAGGCAAGCAGGAGGAAGUGAGAAAUGUCACAUCUCCGAGGAUAGAUUGAUCCACUGUCUAACGGGAAGAGUAAAGACAUCGAAAAGAACCAUGUACUAAUUCUACGAUCGACUAUUUGUUAGAGACUUAGAGGUCAAAGGUAAAGUGAAGAGUUUUAAGCUAGAAAUUAGACAUGAUUUUAUAUUGCAGGGUUCACUGUUAAAGCUACUAGCAAUGGCCGGAAUAAGUGCUGGUGGUGGUGUGGUAGUCGUACUUGCUGAAAGAGACGACGAGGGAAUGGAGAUGGACAUUGCAAAGCUAGAAUUUGACGUUAUGGGGACAUCUGUUAUAUGCAGGAAUGGCAGUCCUCUUAACACUUGCUGAUCUAAAAAAGGUAAGUAGGUUUUGCCAGGAUGUCUGACAUGCCUUUAAGAGCAUUCAGUUGGAUUGAUUUUGGUUCUAAUUUACAGAGUGAUGCACGUGCCUUGAGAGUUGUACUCACCCUAACUGAAGUAAAGGGACUGGGGGGUCAUGUUGGUGAACAUCAAAAACUUUACCAGCCUCAUGACGGCGUCAUUCCCGUGAGACGUCAAGCUGUGGCUUGCAAAUACUUCUUUGUGGAGGGUCAUGGCUUGAGGGGUGAGCUUGACUUGGAGAGGGAGGGAGGGAGGGAGGGAGGGAGAGGGCUGGAAUUAGCUCCGGCUCUGCUUAAGCCGAUGAGCGACCAGGCUUGCUCCGGAACGCUUUGGCCUAUGGAUUUCUGUUCUGGGUAUUCUGAGAAUGCAAUGGGGAUUGGUAGCAGCAAGGCUGAAGAAUCCACAACGGGCCUGCAUGGCAAGCAGGGGGAAGUGAGAAAUGUCAUAUCCGAGGAGGUUGAUUCAUUGUCUAACGGGAAGAGUAAAGACAUCCAAAAGAACCAUAUACUAAUUCUUGGAUGGAGUGAAAAAUUGGGUUCACUGUUAAAGCAACUAGCAAUGGCCGGGAAAAGUGCUGGUGGUGGUGUGGUAGUUGUACUUGCUGAAAGAGACGAGGAGGAAAUGGAGAUGGACAUUGCAAAGCUAGAAUUUGACUUCAUGGGGACAUCUGUUAUAUGCAGGAGUGGCAGUCCUCUAACACUUGCUGAUCUAAAGAGGGUUUCAGUAUCAAAGGCUCGUGCUGUUAUCGUAUUAGCAUCGGGUGAAAAUGGAUAUCAGAGUGAUGCACGUGCCUUGAUGAUUGUACUCACCCUAAACGAAGUAAAAGAAGGGCUGGGGGGUCAUGUUGUGGUAGAGAUGAGUGACCUUGACAAUGAGCCCCUGGUGAGGCUUGUUGGAAGAGAACUUGUUGAAACAGUUGUUGCACAUGAUGUGAUUGGGCGCUUGAUGAUUCAGUGCGCCUUGCAACCUGGCCUUGCCCAGAUAUGGGAAGAUAUUUUGGGGUUUGAGAAUUGUGGGUUUUACUUCAAAAGAUGGCCACAAUUGGAAGGUCGGCGUUUCGGAGAUGUGCUUAUUUCAUUCCCGGAUGCAGUUCCUUGUGGAAUUAAGGUUUCUGGCUGUAAGAUAAUCUUAAAUCCAGAUGAUGAUUAUGCAUUAAGAGAAGGGGAUGAAAUCCUUGUCAUAGCCGAGGAUGAUGACACUUAUGCUCCAGGUCCCUUUCCAAAGGUUUGUGGGGGUCUUUGCCCAAAUUUCACUAAUCCUCCAAAAUAUCCACAGAGAAUACUAUUCUGUGGAUGGCACCAUGCUAUUGAUGGUAUGAUAAUGAUGCUAGAGGCAUGCUUGGCACCAGGUUCAGAGCUGUGGAUGUUUAAUGAGGUUUCAGAAAAAGAAAGAGAGAAGAAGCUGAUUGAUGGUGGACUAGAAAUUUCUGGAUUAGCCAACAUAAAACUUGUCCAUCGUGUGGGAAAUGCUAUCAUCAGGCGGCAUUUAGAGAGUCUUCCUCUGGAGACUUUUGAUUCUAUAAUAAUUUUUGCGGAUGAUCCAGUGAAGGGUUCUGCUGUGCAGUCUGACACAAGUUCUCUUGCCACCCUCCUCCAUGUUCGAGAUAUACAGGCAAAACGUCUCCCUUACAAAUAUACUAAGUCAACUUCUUUACAGCCCUCUGGAUUCUCUCAAGGUUCUUGGAUUCAGGAAAUGCAGCAAGCUUCAGACAAAUCAACAAUCAUCAGUGAAAUUCUGGAUCCUUUGACAAGAAACCUGGAAUCCAUCUCCAGAAUUAGUGACUACGUUCUAUCAAAUGAGUUGAUAAGUACGAUUUUAGCAAUGGUGGCUGAAAACAAGCAUAUUAACGUAGUUCUCGAAGAACUUUUUGCAGAGCAGGGAAAUGAUAUGUGUAUCAAACCAGCAGAAUUCUACCUAUUUGACAAGGAAGAGCUUUGUUUCUAUGAUAUAAUGGUCCGGGGUCGCCAGAGACAAGAGAUUGUUAUUGGCUAUCGCCUUGCAAACAACUAUCAUGCCAUAAUUAAUCCCCCAAAUAAAUUAGAACAAAGAAAAUGGUCUGUCGAUGAUGUUUUUGUUGUCAUCUCCCCAGGUCCCUGAAUCAUGCUUAUAUGUAUGGUAAUUUGCUCUGCUUUCCGUCAAGAAAAAAAUUCUCGCGGUAGUUGUAAGAUAACUCUCCCUCUGCAAUGUUUUCUAUUCCCAGCUAUUGUAAAUAAAUAUAUGAAUAAAUAAAUAAAUGGUAAGGAUGCUU